AUGGAAUCGCCUAGAACCUGGGCACCUACCAGCGUUGAGUCUACGACAGAAAGCGAGACAUCAGCCACGGAAACGGAAGAUAAUUCAACCACUGAGUCCGAGGCCAGCAGUAGCAGCACUCCGAUAAUUGCCUCUCGCCCUUCGAAAGCUGCCGAAACGGAAAGCCCCAUCCCCGCCGAAGUUGGAUCAACAAACAAUAAGCCCAGUGCGGGUGUAAUCGCCGGUGCUGUUGUUGGCUCACUUGUUUGCGUAGCCAUUAUCAUCGGUUGUCUUAUCCUGGCCUUUCGCAUGGGAAAGAAAGGUCGAAGAGGGAAUUGGCUUUCUCGUUCGUGGGAGGUCCAAAAUGCAGCCCGCAAGCCACAUUGUAGCAAGGCAGACUUCUACGCAACGUUGCACAAGCAGGCUGUGCAAGAAGCCAACAUACAUGCCCGAUUUCCCCGCACCAAACUUCAAUCCAACCCUUCAAACAUCACCUUUUGUAAAAUAGAUAUGGAUCCCAUCGCGGCUGUUGGACUUGCUUCCGGAAUCUUGACCUUCAUCGAUGCAGGGACCAAAGUCAUCAAAACAGCCUAUGCUAUACACAACUCCCUUGACGGCGUGCUUGAUGAGAACAGACACUGUGAAAGUAUCGCUGGUACCGUUCAAGACGCAGCUUCGAGGCUGGAGAUUACCGGCAUCCUCGCUUUAACAAAGGAACAACAAUCACUUACAGACCUUGCCAAAAGAUGCAAGGCAAUCUCCGAGCACCUCAUUCAGCUGUUAGACAAGAUUAAGCCGAAAGGGAGCUCAUUCAAGGCUUUUAAUUCUUUGCGGCAUGCAGUCAAGGCAAACAAAAACAAGAAGCUUAUUGGUGACCUGGAGAGCCAGUUGAACGACUACCGCGAUCAGCUUUCUCUCGCACUCAUCGACAUCUCAAGAGUUCAAGCAGCUGAUGGCUUCAGUCAGUUAAUCUUUGUAGCCAAGAACAAUGAAGCUAAGCUGAAAACUUUGAUACAAGCUGUGGGACAUCUUCGCCAAGGGCAACUUUCCGCACAAACUAGCCCUCCUCAGGAGCUUCAGCAACUCCUCGUGGUGGAUACUACUGCACGACACUCAAUGUAUCAAGACUUCAUCCUCAAUUGUCUCAUUUUCCAAAGAGUCCAUCACCGAUAUGAGGCUGUUCAUACUGCCCACGAAGAUACUUUCAACUGGAUUUACGAGCCUAUUGACCUUGUAGACUAUCAAAAUGACCGGCUAUAUUACGAAAAAGAGCAAUGCCAAGAGAUGCAGACUAAAUCUCGAGACAUGUUCCUAUCCUGGCUUUCUUCUGAAGCUCCAUCGUCCCCUAUAUUCCACAUUUCUGGGAAACUAGGCUCUGGAAAGUCUACCCUGAUGAAGUUCCUGUGUUCCCAUCAGAGAACAACAGAGGAACUCACCACGUGGGCUGCAGGUGCAAGGAAACUUGCAUUUACGUCGUUCUUCUUCUGGAGAAACGGGUCAACGGCAGAGAAGACACUAGAUGGACUUUGUCGGUCAAUCCUUCACUGCGUCCUAGAUGAGCGUCGUGACUUGAUAGCCAAGGUCUUCCCCAUCCAGUGGGAAGAAGCGCAACAAAGUCCGUGGAAGAUACAGAAUCGCCAAGAGAUUCCAUCACGAGAAGUACAGUACGCGCUGGAAAAGCUCCUCCAAGACACUGGACUUUAUCAGCAUCACAGGUUCUGCAUUUUUAUCGAUGGUCUCGAUGAAUUUGAACCUGGAUUGCAAGAUGGCCUGGAUUACGCCGAUUUGGUUGAUAUUCUCCGCCGUUGGGCAAGCCAUGCCAAUGGCAAUCUCAAACUCUGUCUUUCAAGUAGGGAGGAACCCGUUUUCCUGGCAGGCUUUGCAGAUGCUCCCAGCUUCCGGCUCCAGGAUUUAACAAGAUUCGAUAUGCAGAAUUAUGUUCGCAGCCGUCUUAGUGACCUGACCGAUAAUGAUCUCAAGGAUGAAAUGACUGUUGAGAUUCCAGGGAGGUCGUCGGGUAUCUUCCUCUGGAUAUAUCUUGUUGUCAGAAGUAUCCGCGGGAAGAUGACUCAUAGGGCUACCAGGGAAACAUUAAGGAAAUACCUCCAAACAUUACCCCAAGGCCUCGAGUCACUGUUUCAUCAUAUCCUUCAGCAACUUGAACCAGACGAUAAGCGAAAAACCCUACAGUUGAUCAGCUGCCUCCAAGUUACUAAAACCUAUGAUUUGGACUUACCAUUAACCGCUUUCUCGCUUCUGGAUGUCUACAGUCAAGAUUCAAAUUUCUCAUUACGAGACGGCCUUGAGGAUGAGAUGUUACCAGACGAGUCAGCCCUCGAAGCACAACUUCGGGGUGCCAGUGGCGGGCUGAUAGAAUGCUGUAGCGGAGAGGGUGAACAAAAGGUGAUGGAAUCUGACUCGAGAAAUGGACGUGGCCCUGCGUGGCAUCAAUUGUAUCGAUUUGAUGUCACACUUGUGCUUCGCUGCCCUUCGACUUUCAAUGUGCGACUCAGAAUGUGA